GUACUUCUUUUAUUGAUUUUGGUAAUCGAAGUUCUCUUGGCAGUUUUCUCUUCUAUAUCUAAAGAAAAUUAUAAUGACAGUCUAAGAUAUAACUUCAAGUCUUCAAUGGGAAGAUAUUCGUUUGAAGAUACUGAUCGUCAAGCCUGGACCAACAUACAGCGAAAACUCGAGUGUUGUGGGGUGGAUACGCCAAAAGAUUGGUUAAUUAUAUUCCCAGAAAAUCAAGUUCCUGUAUCAUGUUGCCAAAAUUUACCACUAGAGUCUGGAGCAUUAUGUCGUAAUUUAUACGAUGAAAGAAUAAUAUAUCAAAAAGGUUGUUAUAAUGUUUUAGGCAAUCGAAUAAAAAAUCGAAUGAACGUCAUCAAAUAUGUUGCUUUAACAUUCGCUUUAUUGCAGUGUGAAGCAAAAUUUUAUAUUGAAUGAAUAAUAUGUACCAAUAAACGAAAAAUAUACAAUACACUAUAGGAAAUUUUGACAAGCGGCGAUAUUCAUUUGUUGUAUUUAAUUUUAAUUAUUAAACCUAAAGCAAAUUGUCCCUCUGUACUUAAAAAUGACACAUUAUAU